AUGAACCUGAUGGACAAGGAGAAGUACGUCGUGCAUUACCGCAACCUGCAGUUCUAUGUGCGACACGGCUUACGCGUCAAAAGGAUCCACCGCGUGUUGAAAUUUACGCAGGAACCCUGGAUGCAGCCCUACAUCGACUUCAACACCCGGAAGCGCACAGCAGCGAAGAACGACUUUGAGAAGAACCUGUUCAAACUAAAGAACAACUCAGUCUUUGGUAAGACGAUGGAGAACAUCCGCAAGCGCGUUAGCAUCAAGAUUGCAGGAACCCGCGAAGAAGCGGAGGUGUACGUGUCGCAGCCAGGGUUCGUCAGAUACGUAGAAAUGCUUAACGUCUACGUGAUUCAUAUGAAGAAAGCGAACCUCUUCCUGAAUAAACCCGUCUACACGGGGUUUACGGUGCUGGAUCUGUCGAAGCUGCUCAUGUACGAGUUUUACUACGACAAGCUAAGGCCAAAGUACGGAGACCGCUGCCACCUCCUGUACACGGACACCGACUCUUUAAUCCUCGAAGUGCAGACGGAGGAUAUCUACGAAGACUGCCUAGAGGACAUAGACGAGUACGACACCUCCGGUUACCCCAAGGAGCACUUCCUCUACUCCGCGAAAAACAAGAAAGUAAUUGGGAAGAUGAAGGACGAGAUGUCAGGCAAGCCCAUUGUGGAAUACGUAGGCCUGAAGCCAAAGAUGUACAGCGUGUUAAAGCUGGACGGCGUGGAGAAGAAAGCAAAAGGCGUAAAAAAGUACGUGGUUAAGAAGGACAUCACACACGAGUCCUACUUGAAUCGUUACGCAGGAGAAGGUGUCACUGUCAGCAUUUGA